GAUUAUUAUAAUUUGAAUCUUAAUGGAUUCUGAAAUCGGAAUAAAUUCAUCGGAUUUUUACAUGUGUGGAAAUAAAAAGAGUUGGUAACCACAAUAUGGAUGGUUUUAUUACUCAAUCGGAAAUGAAUCAUGUUGAAAUAGAAGAAGUAUUUAUUAAAGAAGAAGAAGAUGAAGGCUUCGAAAUUGAAAAUCAUGAAAUUGAAUAUCCACAAUGGUGUGAAAAUGAAAUUGAACAAAUUGAGGAAUUCUGUGUACCGAUAGAUCUACCGGCAGCCCCAAAAACUAAAGACACGUCCGUGCAAGUCCCAUCCCAAAAUGAAAUAUUUAAUCAUAAUUUUAUGUCGAUUGUUACACACGAAGAUUAUAUUUUUUUAACUGGAUUUAAUCGUCUUGAAAUUCAAUCCAUGUUUUUUGUACUACGAUUACAUCAAAAACGAUUUUCAAUCUAUGAAGACUUUUUAUUUAUUUGUUUAGCAAUUUAUCGUCAUAAUAUUCCUCACGAGAUGGCGUCAUGUAUGUUCAAAAUGGAGAAACAACAAAUUGCAGACAUAUUUGUUAAUUGUACGAACGCUUUAUAUGAAACGUUAAAAAAUUACGAUUUUUGGAAACAUCGUUUAACGCAUGAGAUACAAUACACCGCCAUUUUUAAUUGUGUUGAAAUUCCUGUUGCCAUAUCACAAAAUCCAAUGGUACGAAAACUGACAAAUUCACAUACCGCAUGGAAUCGACAUACGUUUAAAUUUUUAGUUGUGACAGAUGAACGUGGCUUUAUUGUUUUUUGCUCUGAUUUGUAUGGUGGAUGUACUAGUGGACGCCAUAUUGUUAUGUCUAGUAAUAUUUUAGAUAAAUUACGAACGAAUGAAGUAAUUUUAUCGGAUAAAGAGUUUAUUAUACAUGAUAUUUUAAGUAGUCGACAAAUUGGUAUGGAUGUGGCUUUAUUUAUUAAUAGCAAAUCGCCAUGCUGUAUUAUGCGAGCGUAUCAAAUUGCGCAGAGUUACGAAAUAUUAAAAUCUACAUUAGAGGAAGAUUUAUGGUAUAUAGCUAAUCGAAUUGUUUAUAAUUGUUAUAUGUUAGCAAAUUUUAAAAAAGGCAAAUUUUGGACUGGAAAUUGUAGUGCAAGCAAUUUAUUAUCGUUAAAUUCGGUUAUGAAUUUGAAUAAUACUAAUUCUACCACUAUGUGUAAAUAA